AAGCAGUGUAGUUAACGACCAUUUUCUCUCCAGUAGCUUCUUCUCCUUGCUAUAUAAUCCUCUCUCUCUCUAACCACUUUUUUUUUCUCGCUCUAAAAAAAUAUCUGAUCGAGUUUUUGUGGUGUUCUCACUUUGAUUUAAUCACAGAAGCUUCUUCUCUUUUGCGAAAAUGGCGUCAUCAUCAUCUCUAGCUCUCAGGAGGCUUCUCUCCUCCACCGUCGUCCCUCGUGCCGUUCGUCCAGCGGCUGCGUCUCGCCUCUUCAAUACCAACGCCGUUAGAAGCUAUGAAGACGGCGAUGACGUCGUCGAUCGGAGCAGCCAUCGCUCGAACCGACCGGUUUCUCGUCGCGGCGGCGAUUUCUUCUCAGACAUCAUCUUCGAUCCGUUUACACCAACGAGGAGCUUGAGCCAGGUGCUGAAUUUCAUGGAUCAAAUCGGCGAAAGCCCUCUGGUGUCAGCGACGCGUGGGAUGGGAGCUUCGGGAGUGAGACGUGGCUGGGACGUGAAAGAGAAAGACGACGCGUUGUACCUGAGGAUCGAUAUGCCAGGGCUUAGCAGAGAAGAUGUGAAACUGUCUCUGGAACAGAACACGCUUGUGAUCAAAGGAGAAGGGAAAACAGAGGAGAAGGAGGAGGAUGAAGAUGUUUCCGGCGAUGGACGGAGGUUUACGAGCAGGAUUGGGUUACCGGAGAAAGUGUACAAGACGGAUGAGAUCAAAGCGGAGAUGAAAAACGGAGUGUUGAAAGUUGUGGUGCCUAAGAUGAAAGAGGAAGAGCGUAACAAUGUUCGCCACAUUCAUGUCGAUUAGGAGUAAUUUGCUGCUCUCUGUGUGUGUGUGUGGUGUUUCUUUUGGAUGAUGAGACAAGUAUAUGAUGAGUGAGUUUUUGGUUUUUGUUUUUUGUUUUUUGUUUUCACGGAGCUCUUUCGUUUACAUCUUCAGGGUUGAAAAUAGUUUCAAAAUUUUUUUGGGAAA